AUGAUGUACAUUACUAGUGUUAUUAUCGCUUUCUUGACCGUCACAGAUAUGCAUUUCCAGUAUAAUGGAUUCCUUUUCGGCUUCUUAUUUAUGUCACUCUCAUCUUUACUCCAGCGUAACUUUAUCCAAGGCUCCUUUUGGUUUAUAUUUCUAGUAAAUACGAAGCAUACAUUCUUGUAUAUUGCUCCUGCAUUCUUUGUUUUCAUACUGUGCAACUACUGUAUAAAAAAUGAAGGUAUCUUUCAUGCUAAAAUGUUCAUCCUAGAUGGAAAGAUUACAUUUAACUUCAAAAAUUUGUUCAAAGUUAUUUCUACUGUGUUAGCGGUCACAAUGCUUUCGUUUGGACCCUUCAUCUUUCUAGGUCAAUUUUCUCAACUCUUUGAUCGCCUUUUUCCGUUUCGUCGUGGACUCAGUCAUGCAUACUGGGCACCUAAUUUCUGGGCCCUUUAUAAUUCUCUAGACAAGUUCCUCGAGCUUCUAUGUCACCACGGAACUCAUAAAAAGGCCCGAAUGACUGGAGGCCUCGUUCGAGAGUAUGAGCAUGCUAUCUUACCAGGCAUCAGACCGCUCCACACAGCUUGCAUAACUCUGAUGGUGAUAAUUGUGAGUUUUUGUUGUCUUAAUUUAUAUCUUUAA